CCCCUGCCUCUCCCCCUCACUCCCCGCCAUGGCCGCCAGCGACAACCAGCACCGUCCGCCCGUCCCCGACCCCGUCGUCGACUCCCUCAGCGCCCUCGUCGACCCCGCACAGCUCGCUCGCGACCCCGCCGCCGUCCACAUCCGCGCUGGCGCCCUCUUCGCCCGCCUCAAGGCCCUUAACCGCGCUGCAAAUGGCGCGACCCGUGUCCAAAAGCAGGCUACCGCCGACGCCCGCCAGCAGAUGGACCACACCUAUCUCAGUCUGCAGAAUCUCCUGUACGAAAAGCGUCACCUAGAGCGAGAGAUUGAGAAGUGCCGACAGUUUGCCUCGGUUUACCAGGACGUACCUGUGCAUUCCCUCGAAGAGUUUGUCGAACUCGCUCCCGGAGAGGCGAAGUCGCAGAUCGUGUUGUCGGACGACCACCAGCUGAUGCUCAACCGGCUAAGCUUCGAACUUGCUGAACGCCAGAGACUAGACCAGAAGUACAAAGAGCUUGCAAAGCAGAAGGAGGAGCUGCUCAAGCAGAGCAAGGCCAAGCUCGCCACAAUGGACAGCGUGAAGGCGCAGAUCGACUCUCUUAUCAAGACUGCAACCGAAGUGCAGAAGAAAGUUGGCGAGCUAGCUGAGCCUCUUGGGACAGCCGAAUCUCCUAUGGUGGUGUCAUGAACGAACGUGCCCACCGAGAAAGGCGAUAUGACCAUGAGUGCACCACAAACCUCCCACUCCUGCCAGCGUAUCUCAAGCCUAGCCACUGUCGCCACAGAAGAGCACACAUCUCCAGGCUAGAUGUUCAGCGUUAAGUCCAGGAUAUCACAACGUAUUAUGGGGCAGGUCCGGCGAAUGAGGAGUACGUACAGGAGGU